UUAAGUAACUACAAAAUUUGUGGGAAAUAUUAGUAUUACAGAUCUUUGCGGAUGAAGUGGGCGAACACCGGCUCCCGCAGCGGCGCAGUUGGCUAUCUUCGAUGCCAGGAGGUGUGCCAGCGAUGACCUCUCUUUCUUUCGCCCUUUUCCUCUCUCCAGUCUUCAUGCUGCAGAGGACCUCACAGUCACGAGGUCGCGACAGUCCGCGCCGUCGUGGAGUCGAGCGGGACGCGGAGAGAGAACUACAUUUCCCAGCGGACCCUCCUGCGCGCGCCCCUGCCCGCGCGAGGGGGCGAGUGCACCAGGCGCUCGCUCCCUGCCGAGCGCUCGUCGCCCGCCAGAGCCUCCGCCAGGGGAUGAGGUGGGAGGCGCUAGAAACCACUUAGCUACAGCCAACCGCCCAAUGCAGCACUCGCUCGCUCCCCCCGCCAGCGGAAGCGCCCGCGGAGCACAAUGCAGCACUGAGGCAGCGCCGCGGCGGAGGCUGCAGCGCCAGGGCCGCUGCAGCACCGGCCGGGGCUCGGGGGGGCGGCCGAGGCGAGCGCGGGGCGCGGGGCGCGGGGCGAGGGAGCCGGAGCCGGCUGCCGGCGCCCGAGGAGGUGAGCGUCUCCAGCGAGGCGCUUGACCGGAGCACCAUGCGGGCGGCGGCGGCUGCGUCCGUGCCCUUCUUGCUGCUCUGCGCCCUGGGGAGCUGCCCCCCGGCGCGCUGCGGCCGGGCAGGAGACGCCUCGUUGACGGAGCUGGAAAGGAGGAACGAAAACCGCUUCCUGGAGCGCCAGAGCAUCGUGCCACUCCGGCUCCUCUACCGCUCGGGCGGCGAAGACGAAACUGGGCACGACGCGCUCGACACGCGGGUGCGGAGCGACCCCGGCGGCGGGCAGUUGACUCAUGUUGACCAGGCAAGCUUCCAGGUUGAUGCCUUUGGAACGUCAUUUAUUCUUGAUGUCGUGCUAAAUCAUGAUUUGCUGUCCUCUGGAUACAUAGAGAGACACAUCGAAUAUGGAGGGAAGACUGUGGAAGUUAAAGGAGGAGAACACUGUUUCUACCAGGGCCAUAUCCGAGGAAACCCUGCCUCGUUUGUUGCAUUGUCAACAUGCCACGGACUUCAUGGGAUGUUCUGUGAUGGGAACCACACUUAUCUCAUUGAGCCAGGAGACAAUGACACCUCCCAAGAGGAUUUCCGUUUUCAUUCUGUUUACAAAUCCAGACUGUUUGAAUUUCCCUUGGAUGAUCUUCCAUCUGAAUUCCAGCAAGUAAACAUCACUCCACCAAAAUUUAUUUUGAAGCCAAGACCAAAAAGGAUUAAACGACAGCUUCGCCGACAUCCUCGUAACGUAGAGGAGGAAACCAAAUACAUUGAACUGAUGAUUGUGAACGAUCAUCUCAUGUUUAAAAAACAUCGGCUUUCAGUUGUGCACACCAAUACGUAUGCAAAAUCUGUGGUGAACAUGGCGGAUGUAAUAUAUCAAGACCAACUUAAGACAAGGAUAGUAUUGGUUGCCAUGGAAACCUGGGCGGCUGACAACAAGUUUGCCAUAUCUGAAAACCCACUGAUCACUCUACGGGAGUUCAUGAAAUACAGGAGGGAUUUCAUCAAAGAGAAAAGUGAUGCAGUUCACCUUUUUUCGGGAAGUCAAUUUGAGAGUAGCCGGAGCGGGGCAGCUUAUAUUGGUGGGAUUUGCUCGUUGCUGAAAGGAGGAGGCGUGAAUGAAUUUGGGAAAACUGAUUUAAUGGCUGUUACACUUGCACAGUCAUUAGCCCAUAAUAUUGGUAUUAUCUCAGACAAAACAAAGUUAGCAAGUGGCGAGUGUAAAUGUGAGGACACAUGGUCUGGAUGCAUAAUGGGAGACACCGGCUAUUAUCUUCCUAAAAAGUUCACCCAGUGUAAUAUUGAAGAAUAUCAUGACUUCCUGAAUAGUGGAGGUGGUGCCUGCCUUUUCAACAAACCUUCUAAGCUUCUCGAUCCUCCUGAGUGUGGCAAUGGCUUCAUUGAAACUGGAGAGGAAUGUGACUGUGGGACCCCAGCAGAAUGCGCCCUGGAAGGAGCAGAGUGUUGUAAGAAAUGCACCUUGACUCAAGACUCUCAAUGCAGUGAUGGUCUUUGUUGUAAAAAGUGCAAGUUUCAGCCUGUGGGGACUGUGUGCCGAGAAGCAGUAAAUGAUUGUGAUAUUCGUGAAACAUGCUCAGGAAAUUCAAGCCAGUGUGCCCCAAAUAUUCAUAAAAUGGAUGGAUAUUCAUGUGAUGGUGUUCAGGGCAUUUGCUUUGGAGGAAGAUGUAAAACCAGGGAUAGACAAUGCAAAUACAUCUGGGGGCAAAAGGUGAUGGCAUCAGACAAAUACUGCUAUGAGAAACUGAAUAUCGAAGGAACCGAGAAGGGUAAUUGUGGGAAAGACAAAGACACCUGGAUACAGUGCAACAAACGGGAUGUGCUUUGUGGUUACCUUUUGUGUACCAAUAUUGGUAAUAUCCCAAGGCUUGGAGAACUUGAUGGUGAAAUCACAUCGACUUUAGUUGUGCAGCAGGGAAGAACAUUAAACUGCAGUGGUGGGCAUGUUAAGCUUGAAGAAGAUGUAGAUCUUGGCUACGUGGAAGAUGGGACACCUUGUGGUCCUCAAAUGAUGUGCUUAGAACACAGGUGUCUUCCUGUGGCUUCCUUCAACUUUAGUACAUGCUUAAGCAAUAAAGAAGGCACUGUUUGUUCAGGAAAUGGAGUUUGCAGUAAUGAGCUGAAGUGUGUGUGUAACAGACACUGGAUAGGUGCAGACUGCAGCACGUACUUCCCUCACAAUGAUGAUGCAAAGACUGGUAUAACUCUGUCUGGCAACGGUGUUGCUGGUACCAAUAUCAUAAUAGGCAUCAUUGCUGGCACCAUUUUAGUGCUGGCCCUCCUAUUAGGAAUAACUGCAUGGGGUUAUAAAAACUAUCGAGAACAGAGACAGUUACCCCAGGGAGAUUAUGUAAAAAAGCCUGGAGAUGGCGACUCUUUUUAUAGCGACAUUCCUCCUGGAGUCAGCACAAACUCAGCAUCUAGUUCUAAGAAGAGGUCUGCUUUUCUGUCGCAUUUUCAGAUUUCUACCUGUUCCAUCACACAUUAUUCCAUUAGUCAGAACAUUUCAUUAUUUUGCAGCAGGUCAAAUGGACUCUCUCAUUCUUGGAGUGAAAGGAUUCCAGACACAAAACAUAUUUCAGACAUCUGUGAAAAUGGGCGACCUCGAAGUAACUCUUGGCAAGGUAACCUGGGAGGCAACAGAAAGAAAAUCAGAGGCAAAAGAUUUAGACCUCGGUCUAAUUCAACUGAGAGGGAGCCCCAAGCACCUGAGCCUGGGCACUCCCUCGCCCAGACAGUCCCAUCCCAAGGCAUAAGCCCAGGGGGCUCUGACAGCCCCCAGACAGGGAGUCUGGAUCACAGCUCCCAAGAUGGCCAACGUCAGGAAGACAGGACCUUAUCUCCUGCCAAGUCUCCUUCUUCAUCAACUGGGUCUAUUGCCUCCAGCAGGAAGUACCCCUACCCAAUGCCCCCACUUCCCGACGAGGAGAAGAGAGUGAACCGACAAAGUGCCAGGCUAUGGGAGACAUCCAUUUAAGAUCAACUGUUUACAUGUGAUACACCGAAACUGUUUACUUCAACUUUUAUAGAAACCCAGCCUCAUGGAAUCACUGCAAAUCUAUCUGCUCUUCAGACCAUACGAGGAUCCUCUGAGAUGCCAUAGAGGAGAGGAAGCUGUGUCUCACAUCUGGAUACCAUUUUCUUUUUGUCAUUGGCUUAGGAUUUAACUGAACCAUGAAAAGAACUGCUGAAAUGUUACAAUAUAACAUGGAACCAUAAAGGUACUGGUAUGUUAAUGGAUAAUCUGCAUGACAGAUAUAUGUAGAAAUAUUACUAAAUUAACUCACGUGACCCAAAUGUAGCAAGUUUCCUAAGGGACAACAGUGUAUUCAGAACUUGACAUUCUGAAGCACAUCCUCAUGAUAGACAGUAAUGCUUUGUGCUUGAAGCUUCUCUUUGUUAUUUUCCACAUUUAAGGAAACAACAUCCCAUAAUAGAAACUAGCAUGCAGGGCUAAGGCAUAUAAGAUUUUUCUGCAGGACUUUAAAGCUUUGAGAGGGCAAUAUCCCAUAUGCUAACUUUAAACAUGUAUUUUUAUUUUCAUUUUGUUUUUUACUUUUCAUAUUUAUAUCAGCAUACAAGGACAAUUGUACAUAUGUAAACAUUUUUAAAAUAAAAAAAAGCAGCUGUUACACACAAGUGUAUUUUGCCAAACGCCUAAGAAGAAUCAGUCACAAUCACAUCAUUGUCAUCCAUCAAAUGGUCUUUAAAAAUUAUAAGCAGAUGAUGUUGUAAAUAUAGUGGUCAAUGCUGUAAAUGUGUCUCUCUGUAAUUGGUAUUUGUCCAGAACAUGUGCUAUCCCUUUAAACUUUACAUGGUCUGGAGGCAGUUUUAUUGAGUAAUUAAUUGAGCAGGAGAACAAAAUGCCCAGCAAAACUUCUGGGCUUUACAGCUCACAGGGGGAGGUGUCCAGUAGUGCAGCUGUUGUCCCGCCUGCCUCCAGGCACUCUGCUGCUGAGGGGCUGCUCCCUGGGAAUCCUCCAGCCUGUCCGUUUUCCUUCUGGGGGCUACAGUGCCUGCCUCAGCAGCUGUUACCUUUCAGUACCAGAGCACAUCUGCAAGUCUAAGGCCUGUGAGCCCCACAGCAGUAUGUCCUGCUGAGAUCAAGCAAGUGCACCAAAGACACAUGAGACCAGGGGCUGCUGAUGCGUUGGCAGCUUUCAACUUGCCAAUAUGCUAACCCUUUGUGGCCUAAAAGUUUGUUCUUUAACAAAACUUUUUAGUCACCUUUAUCUGUGAAAUGAGUGACUUGUUUUAAUAAAAACAACUUUUACACUGUUUAUUAAGGAUAUUUAUCAUCAGUGGGAUGCGAGUCCCACCAGGUCAUUCUGCACUGACUUGGAAGCAAGAUGAUGGAAGGGUCUACCAGCUGGGCUGGGAAGCCUCAACAGGCCACAAAGGGUUAAAAGAAGCCUAAAGCCACACAUGUGCAGAUACUGUGAAGUUAUUCAAACAGCUGGCAAGGGAAGGAAUCUGAUGUUUUGAACUCUCUAUUUUUUUAAUCCAUAGGAAAGUGAGAAAUCUAUGUUAAUGCCCCUUCUUUAAAACCAAAGUUUGAUAGCUGUCAUAAUGAAGCUCUGUCAUUCUGAAAGAAAGCUUCCCUAAGGAGGCUACCCUAGUGAGCUCAGAAGUUGAUUGGAUCCAUCAAAUACUUUGAUGUGAAGAGUGCUUCUGAAUUUCGUCAUCUCCUCUCCUUUUUCUUGAGAGAAAUGGAAUCUGCUGACAAAAUUUCAGAAAUAUCCCCUAAAUUUGAUCUCUCUCUGUAAUGUCCAUGGACAAAUCCAUUCAUCUCCACGUGUAAUCACCUUGGAUGCCCCAACUGAAGGGCUGAGGUAGAAGGCAGUGUUUUAUGCUCUAUGUGUUUAUGUCUUCUCUGAUGGACCUCUCUUCUGAAAGCCUUUGAAAAUGUUUGAAAAGCGUUUUAAUCAUCCAAAACAAUAAAGUGUAAACAGCAUUUUCAUGAUAGGAACGGAUGUGAUUGUCGAUACUACAAUAAAAUGAUCCAUCAGGCUGAGAUUUGGACGAGUGUUGGGUGAUGUUGCCACAUAGCUCAAGACGAGGACAGGAGAGCAGACAGAUUUAAAGAUGUAGCAAAUAAAGUGGCUUUUGACCCAA